UACUUGUCGUGGGCGGUUUAUCCACAACUGAGAACAAACCAGAGUAUCAUUUUGAAGCUUCAUGAAAGCGGGGCUGAUUUAAGUUUCUCCUUCUUUCCACUAAAGCACCUCUGAGGUACCAAACACCAUGGCCACAGCGCAGUCGGUGCUGCUGCUAGCGGUGAAUAUUCUGCUGAUCUCAGAGUUCAUCCUGGCCAAGAGAGACUACUACGACAUCCUGGGGGUGACCAAAGAUGCCACCGAGCGCCAGAUCAAGAAGGCUUUCCACAAGCUGGCCCUCAAGUACCACCCUGACCGAAACAAGGGCCCAGACGCCGAGGCCAAGUUCAGAGAAAUAGCGGAGGCAUAUGAGACGCUAUCAGACGAUAAGAGGAGGCGAGAGUAUGACCAGUUUGGCCACGGCCCGUCACCAGGGGAGGGUCACAGAGGAGGUGGUGGAGGAGGAGGAGGAGGAGGAAACUACAACUUCAACCAACACUACCAGUCCUUCAACUUUGAUGACAUCUUUAAAGACUUUGACCAUUUUGGUCAGCAGCAGCGGCACCAACACCACUUUCACUCCCAGAACCAAGCCCAUCAAAAGAGACACUUUGACGGCCACUUCCAGGCCCAUCGGGAGAAUAUGAACCGGCAGAGGAGGCAGUUUCAGCAGGGGGGCUUUGGUGGAGGACUCUUUGAUGACAUGUUUGAGGACUUGGAGAAGAUGUUCUCCUUCAACUCGCACAGCUCCAGGACUGAGAGCAGAUUCCAGAGCUCGGGAAAGCAGCACUGCAGGACAGUGACCCAGCGUCGAGGGAACAUGGUGACCACCUUCACCGACUGCUCCUGAGCCCGGCGGAUAACGGUGCUCCACGGAGGACAGCCACUUGGGACACUGCUGCGUUUUGUUCGUUGUGGUUUUGGAAUUGAAUGCUAAUUUAUCACUCGGUGAAACAGAGAAUGGUUUUGUGUGGCUUUUGUAAUUUUCUGUAUGUAAUUUCCUCCAGGAACAAAUAUCCAAGUUGGCCUGAUAAACGGCUGCUUCCAAGCAAUAACUCACGCACAUUAUUGCUCAUAGCACGAUAUUAAGUCUCAUGUUGAUUCAGAUACCUCCCCAUUAUUUAGCCUUCCAGGUUCAUGAUGUUUACUUGUGUUCAUUUCUUCUGAUGGUACAAUCUAUCACACUCAGGUAUGUCCGAAGGUUAAAAGAUCAUUUCAAUUCAAAAGAUGAUUUUUUUCUUUUGAGAGCUGUGAGGCAAUAAGAUUCAUUCUGCAGCUAUUUAGGCCGUGUUAUCUUUCUCACUACAACAUCAAUGUUCUGCUAAUAUAAAACAAGGCUUUGCUCAUCCGAGCAUAGCAUAUUCUGGACAUGUACAUGUUCUCUCUUUUAUUUAUUAGCUCAAAGAUCAGCAGAGAUUAGAGGUCAAGUCUCGCAUAUUUCGAUUUAUAGAACUCGCAUCAAAUUUUGCUGUGAAAAUGAAGCUUCACCUCCUGAGGUGUGUGCAGGUUAGCCAUUAUCAACUGUUACCUCGUUUUAGUUUCCUGCAGAGUUGCAUCUACCUACACUCAGUCAGGGUAGGAAAGUAACGUCAGUCCCAUGACAGAUGCUGGCACACUAAGCCACAGGCAGAGUUUGUGUGCUCUCUCAGCGGUUUUGUAACCAGUUGUGCUCGUCUGCCAGUGAAGCUGAAUGGUCUGAAAAGUUUCCUGAACUGAUCAUUAUGUGCAAUAUUUAGCACCUUUGCUCUUCAUGUUGCCUAUCUUUCAUAGACAGUGCUGUGUUAAUGUCAUUGUCUAAUGUCAGCACUUUGUGUGUGUGUGUGUGUGUGUGUGUGUGUACACGUGUACGGCGAGAGCUGAAUGUUGAUUGGUUGCAUAAUGUUUGGAGAAUGAAUAAAAAGUUAGAGCUUGUGUCUGUGUUUUGUGAGGAAAAGUAUGAGAAAGUAAUCAUGAAAUCAUCAUACAUAUAAAUCAUCAUUAUAUUAAUUGUUACAUUAUAUUUGCCUCUGAGCCAAACACCAGUACAAAUUUAGCAUGAGGUGAUUAGUUACCAAGGUUCCUGU